GGAAAAUGACGAAUACGGCCAUGGUCGAGUUGGUCUGAAAAUGACGAAUACGACCAUGGUGGAGGCUAAGGAACGGCAAUGGUCAAAUAUAGGGUAUAGGGUAUAUGGGAAAUAGGUAUAUUUUGACCAUGGUCGGGUAUAUUGAAAAACAGUAUUUUCCACCAUGGUCGAUAUAUCUCUAUAGACAAGUAAAAUUGUCACUCAGAGCGAUGGAAAAUAGUCUUCGGUCAUGUUUACACAUGUCAAAAUGGAAGAAAUCAAGAAGUUUUUAAAGAGAAAACGAAAAUUUCAUCGAUGAUCUAUUAAUUUGGUAUGCUUAAUGUUAAAACGCAAGAGACAAGCUACCUUGGAUGAUCUUUUUCAAAGACAAAGGCAGAGAUUUUCUCGACGGAACGGCCAAGGAUCCUCAGCAAUGACAGAUGUGAAUGAAGUUGGUUUAUGCCGUGGACCAGAAACAUCAGAUUUGAAUAAUUGUGGACAAAAUCCUGAUGAUUCUUUUGAAGAUGGUUCAGUAAAGAUGGAAGAAGAAACUUCUGAGAUUGAAAAUUCAGGGCAAGAAAAAUCACAAGAAAUAACUGAGAGUUUGGAAGAAAUUGGGACACAUGAGGAAAUGGAAAAGUCAUUUGAGAAAACAGAUGCUGAUAGGUCAGAUGAAAUUGUAGAUUUGCCGUUGGAGGAAAAAGAUGAAGAAAGUGAAACUAUUAUUGUGGAUGAGGAAGAAACACCUCAGGAACAGUUGGCCAGAUCAAAGGCAUCAGGUGAAGACCCUGAUAAAACAACUUUGGAAGGAGGAGAUAACAAGCAUGAAGUGGAAAUUUCUUGGCCAAUUUUAGUAAUAAAUGAUGAGGAGACAAAUGAAUGCAGAUCAUCUGAAGAAGAAAACAAAAUUAGAAAAAAUGGAAAAGACAAGGGUGGAUUGUCUGAGGCUAGAGUGUCUCCAGAGGCUGGAGUGUCUGCAGAGGCUGGAGUGUCUGCAGAGGCUGAGAUUUCUGUGGCGGACGUAUCUCAGGCUGGAGUCUCUGGGGCUGGAGUUUCUGGGGCUGGUGUUUCUGGGGCUGGACCAUCUGGGGCUGGAUCAUCAGGGGCUGGAGUCUCUGGGGCUGGACCGUCAGGGGCUGGAGUUUCUGGGGCUGGAGUUUCUGGGGUUGGAGUCUCUGGGGCUGGAGUCUCUGGGGCUGGACCGUCAGGGGCUGGAGUUUCUGGGGCAGAAAUGUCUGAGGCUGAAAUGUUGGAGGUUGGAGUCUCUGAGAGAAAUGUAGCCAUUUCAGUUGAGGCAGGGUUUGAUGACAGGGAAAAUAAAGAGGAUCCUGUGACACUUGGUGUAGAUUUUGAUACGCUGUUGCGAGCCCCAGGAUGCUGUGGUCCUCAGGAAACUCUUUCACCAAGUCAGGCUCAUACCAUAUUAUUUCGACCUUAUAAUCCUUCUCAACCUUUUCCACGAGCAUAUAGAGACAAGUGGGAUGGUGAUCAUGUUCGUAUGCCCUGUUCACAACAAAAUAAGUAUCCUGCUCAGGAUGGAGAGCGGGGAUUAGAAAGUCGCUGGGAUUUGAUUUGUCGCGCGUUUACAAAACCUAUCGCCACAACGUACGACCUCGAGAACGCGAUUCUUUCAUACAACGCAUACCAUGGAAAAGAUGUGAACUUUAAGCUUCUACAUAUGCUAGUACUAGAGAACUUCAACGAAGAAGAGCAGAAAAUUUUCUUUGAGUCAACAUUACCGGGCAUCAUUCGUAUGGCGUUGUCUCUCCCAUUUAUUUGUACGCAGUCUAUUCCAUUUUUGAAACAACAUCUAGACCACACUAUAACAAUGACGCAACUACAGGUAGCCGUUUUACUGGCCUGUGCUUUCUUGUGUAUGUUCCCAAGACGCAACGCGGAUGCUCGUCGUAAAAAGGACCAUGAAUAUUUCAGUUUUCCAUCCAUGAACUUUACCAAGUUGUUUCAACUCGAUGGGAAUAAUCGUCGUUCAAGCAUUACAAAAAUAGAAAAACUGAAAUGUAUUUUACAUUAUUUCAGAAGAGUUCUGGAACAAGCUCCUUGUGGAACUUUGUCAUUUAAGAGGCAAGUCUUGAAACCUGACGCAGCUCCAAAAUGGCACAAUUGCCCUACAAGGUUGUGUCGUCUGCGGGUGUCAAGCGAAGGGACUAUAGAAGAUGAUGCUGACGGGUUAUUGCAGGUUGACUUUGCGAACAAGCUUGUCGGAGGUGGUGUUCUUGGAGGGGGAUGUGUGCAAGAAGAAAUAAGAUUUGCAAUCUGUCCUGAGCUUAUUGUCUCAAGAUUGUUCACAGAACGAUUGCAAGAUAACGAAUGUUUGAUUAUCACUGGCGCUGAACGGUUCAGUGAUUAUAUUGGUUAUGGUGACUUGUUCCAAUGGGCAGGAAAUCACGUGGACCAAACUCCAAGAGACAGUUGGGGUCGUCGUCAUACUGAGAUUGCGGCAAUCGAUGCUAAACCUCGCAUGUCGUAUGCAGACCAAUUUUCUCCAGCAAACAUUAAACGAGAGUUGGAAAAGGCAUUCUGUGGAUUUUUCUCAAAGCGUUCUGAUCCCAAACAUUUGCCUGCAGUAGCAACAGGAAAGUGGGGUUGUGGAGCUUUUGGUGCUGAUCCUCAACUGAAAAGUUUAAUUCAAAUAAUGGCAGCAAGUGCUGCUGGUAGAGAUGUGCUGUAUUUUACUUUUGGCGACAAGGAGCAUUCCAGAGAACUUUAUGAAAUACAUUCGUCGCUAAAAGACCAUGAUAUAGCGAUUGGGGAUCUGUGGCGAAUGUUGAAUGACUUCAAAAAACAGAUAAGUUCUGAUACGCACCUUGAUAUAUUUGGGUAUAUUCGUCAAGUACUGGCACCUUGCAGUGACAAGUAGAUUUUUACUAUAACUAAUUGAAUCACAGGGUUUGUAAAAUUCAUUUAAUCCCUUGGCCCUCUGAUACUUGCUAAAUUAUUGACACACCAGUGAAUCAAAUGACAUCAAAUGUUGUUGUUGCGAAUGUGUAAAUAGUAUAAAAAUUUAAAUUUAUAUUCUGAAAACUGUU